AUGUAUGGGCCAAAGGGAAAGAAAACAUCAGGCUUAAUAGUGGCUACAGUCCAUCAAGGGCACAUGGACACUAAUCUCAACAAGCAGGCGACGGGCAUGGCACCAGCCGCUGUUUUACGUAUCAUCACCCCAAUCAUGAAAUACACCAGAAUUCUGGAUCAUAAGGCUAAAGGGGCAUUGUCAUCAUUGUUUGCGAUUGCAGACCCGAACUUCACCGAAUCAGGUGCUUACAUUGUUCCAUAUGCUAAAAUCGGGAAGCCUAGCCAAAUGGCUGAAAAUGACCAGCUAGCAGAGAGACUCUGGGACUGGACUUUGAAGAAGUUUCAGGAAAGGGGAUAUCUAUAG